AUGAUGUUGCGAAUUGGUUCGAGCUUGAUAUUCAUUGCAGCCUUGGGGCUGCAUCGUUACCUAACUCACAAGGCUCCAGAUCACGAGUUCAAUACCGAAAAGGUUUUGAAAAGGGCCAUGACACUGACUUCAAGAUCUUGGGAAUACGGCACAUUAGUACAGGCCAUGCUGGAGCUUUACAAUCCUCCCUUGACGGUGUUUGGAUCGGAGCCAUUCCCUCAUGCCGAACUUCCACUGGUCCAUGAUCCUUCGAUGGUCCACGGUCUACAGUACGCCAAAACUGUGAUCCAGACUAACAACAGUGACCUUUUGAUGGAUGGAGAAGGUUCUCCCGCAGAUCCAGCGUCCUUGGGCUGCGCAGCCCUCUUGAUUGGGACAAACGAUGCUACAUAUUUUGCGGCAGCACGUCGACAAGCGCAAUAUCUGCUGGGGCGCGCCACGAGAUUUACGAUCAAUGAUACGCAUUCGGCAAUAUCGCACCGCGAUGAACCUUCAGAAUUGUGGGGUGAUUUUGUGUAUAUGGUGCCUCCAUUCCUUGCCGCCUUUGCAGUUGCAACUCAAGAUUUCCAAAUUCUGGACGAAGCUGUGCGUCAAUGUCGGCUUCAUGAUGAAGUGUUGGGCACGCAUAUCACACUCGAGGAUGGAAGCGUGUGCAUUGGAUUAUGGAGGCAUAUUGCUUCCCGGCCAGCACAGCUGCCUCGAGGAGUCUGUUGCUCUGAUGAUAAUGUAUGGUUGACCAGUAAUGCGUGGGCGGUGGCAGGCAUCACCAGAGUCCUAGCAACCCUACUGAAGUGGAAGCCUACGGAAAUCGACCGGCGGAACGUCAAUUACGAAGAGUUCUCUCAAGACAGUACCCAAAUACUUGUCGAUAUCCUCAUCAAAAUGAUCAAAUGUGCAAUGCAUCAGGCGCGUGACGAAGGAUCGGGUCUCCUCAAGAACUACUUAGAUGGUCGCUCGAGUGCGUCUGCGCCGUGGGCCUACGGAGAGGCCGCUGGAACGGCCCUGAUGGCAUCCGCUGUGUAUCGACUGGCUGUACUGCUACCCGAUACGUUUGCCACUUCUGAGUUUCUGGGUUGGGCAAACACAAUUCGCAAAGCAGUCUUGUCUCACGUUGACAGCCUGGGAAAUGUGAGCCCUGUAGCCGAUGUGUCACACAUUCCCAGCAAAGAACCUGCAGAGCAGACGAGUGAGGGACAAAGUAUGGUCUUGCUCAUGUACAGUGCUUGGAGGGAUUGUCGAGAAAGCGGAGUUUGUGGUGACUAA